AUGUUCCCCGCUCCAGCGCACGCGACGGGCCAGCCACCCAGACGCCGCCAAGGCCUAAAAAUCCAGCCCUUCAGGCGGCGCGCCGAUGUCGCGCCCGAUUUCGCCGUCAACUCCUGCCUCGCGCUUUCCUCCGCCUUCCGCGAUUGCUACGCCGGGAACGCCCGAGACCUCGACUUCGAGACUCUCUACAGGUGUGCCUACGACGUGGUUCUGUUCGGCCAUGGCGAGAUGCUAUACACCCAGGUGGCGACCACCAUGGCUUCCGAGGCGGAGAAGCUCGCGGCGUCUCUGCUGGCAGACCACGCCGCGCAAACGGACGACGGCGCGUUCCUGCCGGAGCUGCUGGGGAAGUGGAAGACGCACAGCACGGCCGUUGCCAUGAUCAACGACGUCGUCAGGUACAUGGACGCGGUGUUCGUCCCCAAGCGAGGCAAGGUGCCCGUCCGCGAGCUAGGCCACAGGGCAUGGCGCAAGGCCGUGGUCGGGUCCGACGAGAGUACCCCGGUGGGGGCAACGCUGCGAGCCGCUCUGCUCGAGAUCUCUCGCCGGGAGCGCGCCGGCGGGGCGCCCGUGGACGCGGAGAUCUGCGGGCUCAUGGCCGCCGCGGCCAAGAUGCUGGUGGAUCUCGGCGGCGGCGCGUAUGAAGAGACCCUGGAGGCGCCGUUCCUGGACGAGGCGGCCCGGUUCUACGCCGUGGAGUCCGUCCGCCUUCGGCUCGAGCUCGGCUCCUGCUCCUCGUGCGGUGAGUACCUGGGCGAGGUCGAGUCCAUGGCGGACGCCGAGAGGGCGCGCGCGGCCCGCUGCGGCCUCGACGCCGCGCAAAUGGGGGAGAAGGCCGCGGCGGUGGUGCUGUGGGAGAUGGUAGAGAAGGACGGCGUGGCGAUGGCGCGGCUGGUGGGCGGGCUCGCGGCCAUGCUCGCCGAGGGGAGGUGCUCGGACAUGGCCAGGAUGCACCGGCUGCUCGGGCGCGUCCCGGGCGGCGUGGCGGCCAUUAGGAGCGCCAUGGAAGCUCACUUCCGGGAGAUCAGGGAGAGGGCCGGGGAUGACGAGCGAAUGCUGUCUGGUGAGAAGGAUAGGUACAGGGAGAUGAUCGACGGCGUGUUCCAUGGCGAGGUGUCCUUUCAUGCCGCCCUAGACUCCUGCUUUGGAUGA